AUGUUUUCGUGCGGGCGCGGCUCGUGCGUGCCGUGGGAGUACUACUGCGACGGACACGCCGACUGCGCCGACGCCUCCGACGAGGCCAGCUGCGCCACCGCCACCACUGCCGACACUGACACUACUACUGCUGCCUCCACGCACCAUCACCACGCACACCCCAAUCAACACGACACUGACAAAGGAGGCCUCUGUGAAGAACACGAAUUCCAAUGCAAAAACACCGAAUGCAUAAGGAAGGAGUUUCGUUGCGAUCAACGCGUAGAUUGCUUGGACGGGUCAGAUGAAGCAGAGUGCCCGGCGCCGUCGCCCCUCCCCCCCCCCCCCCCCUCCCCCUCCCCCUCCCCCUCCACCGGUAGGACCGCGCCGGCCGCCCAGUGCGCGCCGCCCGCGCUAGCGUGCGAUAAUAAUACACGUUGCGUCCCCCUGCACUUGCACUGCGAUGGAAACGCAGAUUGUGACGACGGCGCUGACGAAGGAGGUAGAUGCGGCGAGCCGAUGUGCUCCCUUGGCGCGUGCUCGCACGAGUGCUGGGCGUCCCCCUUGGGGCCCGUGUGCGGGUGCCCCGCGCCCCUCGCCCUGGGGCCCGACGGGGCGCUCUGUACACCCGCCAGGCCCUGCGUGUGGGGACUGUGCAGCCAGAAAUGUGAGCCGUACAAAAACCGGCACAAGUGCACCUGCUACGAGGAUUACCGCCUCGCUGACGACGGAUUCACAUGCAAGAGCACGCUGAACGUAUCAGCGAUGCUGGUGUUCAGCAACCGGCACGAAGUCCGCGCGAUCCAGCUGCCCGCGCUGACGUCACGCACGCUGGUCUCCGCGCUCAAGAACACUGUCGCCAUCGACUACCUCGGCUCCGACCCGCCUCGCCUCUUCUGGACCGACGUCGCCACCGACCAGAUCUACGCCGCCACCAUGCGGCCCGCCGGGUUGAGCAACAUCGAAGUGGUGCUGGAGUCCGGGCUGACCAGCGCGGAGGGGCUGGCGGUGGACUGGGUGGCGCACAACCUCUACUGGGUGGACAGCAGCCUGCACCAGAUAGAGGUAGCAAAGUUGGACGGUAGGUAUCGGCGCACGCUGAUCUCCGGUGACAUGGACAGCCCGCGCGCCAUCGCCGUCGACCCCACGGCCGGUUACAUGUUCUGGAGCGACUGGGAAGCGUCGGCCGCUCGGAUCGAGCGCGCUUCACUGUCGGGGACGGGGAGGCGAGCCGUAGUGAGGGUGGGGGAGGCGGGGGGCGCGUGGCCCAACGGGAUCACGCUCGACCAUCGCGCGCGCACCCUCUACUGGGUCGAUGCCAGAUCGGACGCGAUCCAAUGCGCCACGUACUGGGGUGCGGACAUUCGCACAGUGCUGCGCGCGCACGCGGCGCUGGCGCACCCGUUCGCGGUGACGCUGCUGGACGCGCGCGUGUACUGGACGGACUGGCGCUCCAACGCCGUCGUGCGCGCCGACAAGUUCAGCGGCGCUGACGUCACCGUGCUGCAGCGGACGCUCACGCAGCCCUUCGACAUCAAGGCCAUCCACCCAAGCCGUCAGCCCCCGGUGGAACAUAACCCUUGCGAGAACAACGGCAACUGCUCGCACCUGUGCCUCAUCGACGCGCCGCGCACGCGCACCUGCGCCUGCCCGCACCUCAUGCGCCUGCGCACCGACGGCACUACCUGCGAGCCGCACGAACAAGUCCUAGUAGUGGGCCAGCGCGAAUGGUUACGAGGGCUAGACUGGACAGCGCCGCAGCAAAGCCUAGCGGCGGCGAGACAAAUGCGGUCCCCCAUCAUAGAGGGCGCUCAUACCGCCACCGGGACAUUGUACGCGCGAUCCGCCGAUACCGGCGCGCUAUCGGCGCUCAACGUGAGCGGCGGAGCGGCCAGGGCGCUAGUGGAGGGCGUGGGGGUGGCCAGCGUGCAGUGGGCGGCGCGCCUGCUGUACUACCACGCGGCGUCCCACCUGUGGGCCGCGGAUCUGGACGCGCUCAGACCCACCAAGCUGAUGCGCAUGCCCCCGCCUCAUGCGCUCGUCGCAGAUCCGCGCAGGUGGGUGACUUUAUUGUGUCCUGCACUCCGACUCGAAGGACCACGUCCUGUGUGUUUGCAGGUUGGAAGUUUCGAAAUGCAAUGUUUAACAGUAUGUUGUGUAUUAUUACUUGGACUUUAUUAUAAAUCCAACUGCUGUAAAUAUAAGGUACUUUACCUUUGA